CGAUCGCACCGGGGGACCGCUGUGGAGCGCGCGCUUCCCCGUAUUCCUGCCGGCGAGGAGGCGAGCGGCAUCGCGGCGCGCGCUCUUUAAGUGUGAGCUGGGAACUUGGAAUGAAUUCCCUGUCGCUCUUCCCUCCUCCGGGGCCCGACGGCAACAUCACAUUGUUCGAGUCCAACAAUGAGCUGGUUUGUGGGACCUCGCUGGGCAGCCGCCAGAAACAGGGAUGGGAACCCCCAAGUCUGCUGUUCCCCCGCGAGAGCUUGAAGCCCCAUAGUCGUCCUGAGAGCAGCAGCAAGGCAGCGUUCCUGGAUCACCGCGACACACUGUGGAUGAGGAGCGCCAGGGCGUGGCGUGAUUCUGGACUCUCUGGACUGCUGGAUGAAAUUGCCAAUUGCACUGAAGAGGAAGUCCCCAGAUGGCUGACUGUAGGCUGCAGCUGGACCCUGGCCUUGCUGCGCUGGGUCUCCUCCUUUCAUGGCUCUCUCUUCCCCCACCUGACACUGAGCAGUGAGGACAUGGUGGCUGAGUUUUCCCAGGUUCUGGACUGGUCUGACUGUGCAGUGCGGGCCUUUGCGUGGCACCCACACACAGAUAAGUUUGCUGUAAGUCUGCUGGAUGACUCCAUCCGGAUCUACAACUCCAAAAGCGCUACAGCACCCACCCUUAAACAUCGACUCCAGCGCAAUGUUGCUGCCCUGCAGUGGAAGCCCCUGUGUGCCUCUGCGCUGGCUGUGGCCUGUCACAACUGCUUGCUUGUCUGGCACGUGGACCCCACGUCGCUCUCCACCAGGCCAUCCUCAGGCUGUGCCCAAGUGCUCUCUCACCCCGGUCACUGUCCUGUCACAUCUAUAGCCUGGUCCCCCAAUGGCUCUCUGCUGCUGUCAGCCUCACCAGUGGACACAGCCAUGAUGGUGUGGGAUGUGGCAGGUGAGAGCUGUGUUCCUCUGCAGCGUGUGGGGGGAGGGGGCGUCACUUUUCUCUCUUGGUCUCCAGAUGGAAGCCGUGUUCUGGCCUCUACACCUUCCGCCCUUUUCAGGGUUUGGGAGACCAGAACGUGGACGUGUGAACGAUGGCCUUGCCUAAAAGGACGCUGUCAGACUGGCUGCUGGAGUCCAGAUGGGACCCGCCUGCUAUUCAGUGUCCAGGGAGAGAUGGUCAUUUACGCCUUGACGUUUACUGACGCACCAGGGGAACCCCAUGGUUGGUCAGGGAGCUCUAAGGCAGCGGCUAUUGUGGCUGAUCUGUCCGAAACGUCCUUUUCUACUUCCCAGGGCCAAGUAAGGGUUGGUGGACAGGUGCAGACGAUGGCUUGGGACCCUCGAGGCGAGAGGCUGGCGGUGCUCCUGAAAGGUGACCCCGAGGCUCCAGACAGGCCUGCAAUGAUCGCUGUGUUCAAGACCCGUAUCAGCCCCAUUUUUGAACUCCUCCCAUGCGGUUUUGUUAAGGGGGAGUCUGGGGCCGAGCCUCGGUUACUACAGUUUCACCCGCACUUUCCCAAUGGAGCUCUCCUGACUGUGUGCUGGUCUAAUGGAAGAAUCUCUCAUGUACCCUUCUUCUUUGUGAGUGCUGGGGGGUCUGUGCUUAACCCUGGAGGGAGCCCCCCAUGGCCGCUGCCCCAGAGCAGGGCUGUGGAAAACGGAGAGCGUUUGCUCUACACCGAGAUGUCGUCCUGAACCCAGGUCACGGUGAAAGACGGAGACUCGUCAUUUCUUUGUCAGAAUGAACAUUCACCUUUGCACCUCUACAAUGAACCAUCUCUGUUCUCUCCUCCCCGUUAUGUCGGUUUUUCAUGUAAGAAUGUAGGUAGGAGCUCAUUAUUCUUCACAAAGGAAGCUUUCUGCACUGGAAAGGUAAAGGUAUUAGCAGCAUUAGAGAUUACAGUAUGUCUGUGGGGCAAUACAGGGUUGCAUUGGGG